GCUCCCUUCUCCCCUCAACCCCUCGCAUCACAAAUCGUAUCCACCUAAUCUCCGUCUCUCGCAUCGUCUCCGGUGACCACUCCUCGAUCGACAGGAGCAUCAGCCGGCAAAUCCAGUGAGGCCAUGGGUGAAAUCCGUCGGUGCAGGAGAGGGGAGGGGUGCGGGUAAAAUCGCGCCGGUACUUCCAUAAAUCAUGGAUCACUGACAUGCUCUAUGAUUUUUAUUAGGGAGGGAAAGAGAGGGGACAGGCGGGCCGGGCCGGGCCGCAGAGGGUGCAGGGGGCGGUCGCGCGGGGUGCGGAUUGUGCGGGAGGUGCUCAGGGUGGCGCCGCAAAAGGUGGGGUGAAGGGGCGGGGGCUUGAAUUUGCCGGGGCUGGGGGAAGGAAGGAGAGGGACGACGGUGGGGUGGGGCCGGAGCAGGAGGUUGGAUCUGGACCGGAGCAGGAGUUGGGUUUAGGGUAUAACUCAUCAUAGCAGGAGGUUGGAUAAGGCCAUAGCAGGAGGUUGGAUCCGGACCGGAGCGAGGUCUUAUUCUCUGGUUUGGCCGCUGGGUCCGCUGGGCUCUUAUACUCUCGAAGAGUCCAAUCCCUAAUCAAAAAUCGGCGAGGGUUCUCGACUACUUGUCUCCCCUCUUCCACCGCCUCUCCGGUCCCCGAAGCUCGUCCCUCGUCGCCAGUCGCCGGUCGUCAGUCCAAGCAAGGCGAAGGCGAUCCCCCUAUCGGGCUGACUGCGGUUCCAUUGAGGGGCUUCUUUGUUUCUUUGUAGCAGGAGAUUGAAAGCGGCAGCAGGAAAAGGGGCAUCUAGGGUUUGGAUUCCGAUGGCUUCUCAUUCCCAUCUGGACGAUGAGGAUGAUUUCGGAGGAGAUUUUUCUGGAAGCCAUAACAGCAAUAGACACAUAGGUGAUAAAAGAACUUUCGGAGAUCUCGAUGAGGAGGAGGACGAUGUAUUUGGUCCUAAGAAGGGAAAAUCAAGGGUCGAAGAAAGUGGACCUGGUGCAGCCACAGGGAUGAUUCUGUCUCUACGUGAAAGUCUGCAGAACUAUAAGGAUAACCUUGCAACAUGCCAGGCAGAGUUAGAAGCUGCAAGAUUAGAGAUUCAGAAGUGGUAUUCUGCAUUUCAGACUGGGCCAGUGACACCACCAGGCACAUCUCCAGAACCUGGAUUGGUGGUAACUUAUCUCCAGAAUUUGAAGUCUUCUGAGGAGUCUUUAAAAGAACAGUUAGAGAAAGCAAAGAAAAGGGAGGCUGCAUUUAUAGUAACAUUUGCAAAACGAGAGCAGGAAAUUGCAGACUUGAAGUCUGCAGUUCGGGAUUUGAAGACGCAAUUGAGACCACCAUCGAUGCAGACUAGGAGGUUGUUACUUGAUCCAGCAAUACAUGAGGAGUUUACACGUUUAAAGAAUUUGGUUGAAGAGAAAGAGAAAAAAAUUAAGGAGUUGCAAGACAAUGUUGCUGCUGUCAAUUUUACUACAUCCAGCAAGCUAGGACAGAUGUUGGUGGCCAAGUGUAGAACCUUGCAGGAGGAAAAUGAGGAGAUUGGCGCAAUGGCUUCUGAAGGAAAAAUCCAUGAGUUGGGAAUGAAAAUUGCUGUGCUAAAAUCUCAAAAUACUGAGCUCAGAAGCCAGUUUGAUGUGUAUAAACAUAUGGAAGGGCUAACAAAUGAUGUGGACAGAUCAAAUGAAAUGGUAUAUAUUUUGCAGGAGAAGCUAGAAGGGAGGGACUAUGAGCUGAAAAAGUUGAAGGAAAUGCGAUCGCGGAAAGAAACAACACAGGAAAGAGAUGAAUUUGCUGAUGAAAAGAAAGCAGUCUAUGGUGCAGAUUCUGCAGAAGCUGAGGCUUGAGAAUCUUUAUUUUUGGUUUUUAAAUCCCAAGUAUUUGGAAAUACAGUGGUUGGCAUUUGUUGAGAAACUUGUUCUUCACUCCGGUGUAUGGUUGUAUCUACAAGAUUAACUUAUUUGCUGGUGGACCGGUGGCUGAUAUUUUUAUACUAGCCAGGUGAUAUGUUCUUGGUGGAUUCUUGUCUGCCAGUCACCGGUGAUCAUUAUUCAUGCUUUAUAUGGCUGAUCUCUAGUUAAAACUUUCCCAUUUCACAAGAAGAUGAAGUAUUGUGUACGGGAUGUCUGCAUGAGGCGGUCUGUGCAUAUGAUUAUCCUGUAAUGGGAUAAAUUUUUAGGGUGUGCGGUGCACAGUUCAAAAUACAGGUGUUACGUU